CUCAGACCUAACCCUAAAUCCAUCUCUCUCUCUCUCUUCUCACAAGCUUCAUUUUCGUGUAUUACUAGUUCAGCUCCAGUUUCAUUUUACAUGUACAUGACUUUGUAUCUCUUUUCCUUUUCUCUUAUUCUUCUUCAAAAUUUCAAUAUUUUCCCCCUUAAUUAAUUAAUUGAAUUGAGCUUCUGUGUGUAUCCAUCCUCAAAUUAGGAGAAGAGGAGAAUAAUUAAUUAGGGCUUUUAACUGUUUGCCUUUUGCUUUUCAUUCAAGAAAUGGAUCAGCUCUCUCGCUCUCUUCCUCCACCUUUUCUCUCAAGAGACCUCCAUCUUCACCCACACCAUCAGUUUCAGCAUCAGCAGCAACAUAACCACGGCCACGAUAUCGACCAACACAGGAUCGGUGGACUAAAACGCGAUCGAGACGCUGAUCAGAUCGAUCAAAACGAGCACUCUUCAGCUGGAAAAGAUCAAAACACUCCCGGUUCCGGCGGAGAAAGCGGUGGAGGCGGAGGAGGAGAUAACCAUAUCACGAGAAGGCCACGUGGCAGACCAGCCGGAUCUAAGAACAAACCAAAACCACCCGUCAUCAUCACUAGAGACAGCGCAAACGCUCUUAAGUCCCAUGUGAUGGAAGUAGCUAACGGAUGUGACGUCAUGGAAAGCGUCACCGUCUUUGCUCGCCGUCGUCAACGUGGUAUCUGCGUUCUGAGUGGUAACGGCGCCGUUACGAACGUUACCAUAAGACAACCAGCUUCGGUUCCUGGUACUGGUGGCUCAUCUGUCGUUAACUUACACGGACGUUUCGAGAUUCUUUCUCUCUCGGGAUCUUUCCUCCCUCCUCCUGCUCCACCGGCUGCGUCCGGUCUAACGAUUUACUUAGCCGGUGGUCAAGGACAGGUCGUUGGAGGGAGCGUGGUGGGUCCACUCAUGGCUUCAGGACCUGUUGUGAUUAUGGCUGCUUCGUUUGGGAACGCUGCGUAUGAGAGGUUGCCUUUAGAGGAAGAUGAUCAGGAUGAGCAGCAAACGGCUGGAGCGGUUGCUAAUCAUAUAGAUGCAAACGCAUCUAUUGGCGGCGGGACCCAAACGCAAACACAUACUCAGCAGCAGCAACAGUUGAUGCAAGAUCCCACGUCGUUUAUACAAGGGUUGCCUCCGAAUCUUAUGAAUUCUCAACUGCCAGCAGAAGCUUAUUGGGGAGCUCCAAGACCAUCUUUCUAAAUCGGGAAAAUAAAUUAGAUAUGUUCAUCUUUUUCAUUUAUAAUAUAUCUUCUGUCAAAUUUUAAUUUACUUUUUCUCCCUUUGUUUUCUAGCCUUUGAUGAAGAGGAUCGUUUCUGUCAUGGGAUCGAUCUCUUAGGGUUGAGGGGGAAGGGGGUUGUAUGUUUGCGUUGACUAGGAGACUAUAAGUUGUUGAAUUUUCAGUUUUUAUGAUCCAUGUGUUGGUGAUAAAUGAUAACUAAGCUUUGCGU